UUUGCCACAUUCUGCAUAACAAUUGUAAUACUGUGCGCUUUUCUGUAUCCGAUUUUCUUCGUAUCCUGAGCUCCUCGUUCAAGCAAAGGAUCAACACAAGUUCAACUUAUCCUGCUGUGGUGGAUUCAACCUUGUACAUCUUAAAAUGAAGGAAGAAACCCAACAGUUUGAUGUGGCCUCCCACUUUGUUAGCAUUCUUGAAAAGGACGAUAACUUGUCGCCCGGCAUUGCGGCCAUAAAAACGCUGCUGAUGGUACUGGAAAAAACUAAAUUUGAUACGGUGCAGGAGUUUCAUUCGACUCUUCAGGCGGCUGUGGGAGCUAUGCGUAAGACGGACAAACCGAUGACAUCGGUUGUCUCCGGAACGGAGCUUUUCACACGAUUCAUUACGUUGGCGAAGAUCGACGACAAUACCAUGGACGAAGUGCGAAACAUUAUGUUGAAUAGAGGAAAAAUGUUUCUUGAAAAGUUGCUGGAAAGCAGGAACGUGAUUGCCAAGCAGGCCAUCACAUUCAUUACUGAAGGAUGCCGCAUUCUAACACACGCGCGAUCACGAACUGUUCGAGAGGCACUGAUACUGGCGGCUCAAAACAACAAACGAUUCCACGUAUUUGUUACACACAGUGCCCCGGAUCAUCACGGGGAGCAAAUGGUAAGAGAGCUGGAAAAUGCUGGAAUCGACUGUACGCUAAUCCUGGACACGGCCAUUGGGUACGUGAUGGAAACGGUGGAUAUGGUGCUGGUCGGUGCUGAAGGCGUUGUCGAAAGCGGUGGCAUUAUCAAUCGUAUCGGUACCGUCACGAUGGCGAUAUGUGCCAGGGAGAUGAAAAAGCCGUUCUACACGUUGGUGGAAAGUUUUAAAUUCUGUCGACUGUAUCCACUAAACCAGCGGGAUCUACCAAAUGAGUACAAGUACAACAAGAAAAAUCUCAAGGAUACGGCAAAAGUACACCCGAUGGUUGAUUAUACACCGCCCGGAUACAUUACUUUGCUGUUUACCGACCUCGGCAUUCUGGCACCUAGUGCUGUUAGUGAUGAACUAAUCAAAUUGUAUCUGUAGGAAUUGCUCUAUAGAAAAGUCACAAUUUUGCACCGGUUUGAUAAUACAUGGAUGCCAAUGGGCCUUGUUGAGGGUAGGAAAACUUUGAUUAAACAUUUCUUUCGCACAAUGCUCCGAAUUACAGAAGGAUAAAGUUUAACUUAUACGUUU